CUCCCCCUUGGUGUGCUGUAGAAAAAGAAACUAGGAAGAUAUUUGGAAGUGCAUCUCCCGAAGCUAUUGUGCAGAGAAGCGUUCUCCUUCAGGAGUGUUUGCAAUCCAUUCUUCAUAUCAGUCUCUUUUCUAGUCCUCCAGAUGUUGGCAGCACAACAUAACUGUUGUGCUGGAUGCCAUAGGCAUUUUGAUGACGGAACAACUUCAAUCUGGGAUUUUCUACAGACAUUUGGAUGGGGCAAGCCUCGACUCUGUGAAUACACUGCUAAAUUAUUCUGUUCUUCUUGCCAUACAAAUGAGACUGCAGUGUUGCCUGCAAGGGUUUUGCAUCAUUGGGAUUUUACUCAUUAUUCAGUUUCUCAACUGGCAAAGUCUUACCUUGAUUCUAUAAAUGACCAGCCGUUGCUUUGCGUCACUGCAGUUAAUCCCAUCCUUUUGUCAAAGGCCCCUGCCUUACAUCAUGUUAUGCGUGUCAGGAAAAAGAUAGGGACCAUGCUUCCAUUUGUUCGCUGCCCAUUCAGGAGGUCUAUCAGCAAUGUGCUUGGAGUGCGGAGAUAUCUUCUAGAAAAUAAUGACUUUUUUGCUCUGAAAGAUUUGAUUGAUCUUUCCAAAGGAGCCUUUGCUGCACUUCCUGGCAUAUUGCAAACAGUGUCGAGGAAAAUCCUAAGGCACAUCACUGACCAAUGUUUCAUAUGCUGUGAUGCGGGAGUACCAUGCAGUGCCCGUCAAGAUUGCUGUAACCCAUGUUCUCUUAUUUUUCCUUUUCAGGAAGACGAGAUUGAAAGGUGCACAACUUGUCAGUCAUUUUUCCACAAACCUUGCUCCAGAAAGAUUGUCAACUGUUCUUGUGGGGCUCACCUCAGGAUAAGCAACGGUGUAAGGCAAGUGAGGGAUUGGUGAAACAAAGAGCAAGCUCGGCUCUGGCUUGCGCCUGACGUCCAGAUUCCUCUCUGGAUUAUUCACCGAGGAAAAGCCCGAGAAGACAAGACGCCAUAAAAUUUUAAAUAUGAUCAUGAUGGGUUUUAUCAAGCACUUAUUUGUUUUCUCCUCUACGUUUAUGAUGUUUCUAUCUUUUGCAUAUUCAAGAGCAUCCAUUGGUCAAGUUUUUCUUUCUCGUUCUUUGUAACAUAAAUACUGAUGUAGUCAUCUCAAUGUAUUAAUGCCUCGUCAAUUUUCGUUGACAAGUUCUUUUCUGUUGUUA